UUCCUUCUGCUGCUCCUGCUGCUGCCGCUGCUUUUGAGGGUCCACUCGGUUCAUGGUUUUUCCUGCCAAACCAGAGGCACCUUCGCUGCUGCCGCCCUUCUCUCUGGUGUCAUUCAGCGGCUGGCCAGAGGAUGAGACUCCCCAAACUCCUCACUUUCUUGCUUUGGCACCUGGCUUGGCUGGACCUGGAAUUCAUCUGCACUGUGUUGGGUGCCCCUGACUUGGGCCAGAGACCCCAGGGGGCCAGGCCAGGCUUGGCCAAAGCAGAAGCCAAGGAGAGGCCCCCUCUGGCCCGGAGCAUCUUUAGGCCGGGGGGUCACAGCUAUGGUGGGGGGGCCGCCAGUGCCAGGGCAAAGGGGGGCACCGGGCAGACAGGAGGCCUGACACAGCCCAAGAAGGAUGAACCCAAAAAGCUGCCCCCCAGAUUGGGUGGCCCUGAACCCAAGCCAGGACACCCUUCCCAGACAAGGCAGGCGGCAACGCGGACGGUGACCCCAAAAGGACAGCUUCCUGGGGGUAAGGCACCUCCAAAGGCAGGAUCUGUCCCCAGCCCCUUCCUGCUGAAGAAGGCCAGGGAGACUGGGCCCCCUCAAGAGCCCAAGGAGCCGUUCCGCCCGCCCCCCAUCACGCCCCACGAGUACAUGCUCUCGCUGUACAGGACGCUGUCCGAUGCUGACAGAAAGGGAGGCAACAGCAGCGUGAAGUUGGAGGCUGGCCUGGCCAACACCAUCACCAGCUUUAUUGACAAAGGGCAAGAUGACCGAGGUCCUGUGGUCAGAAAGCAGAGGUACGUGUUUGACAUUAGUGCCCUGGAGAAGGAUGGGCUGCUAGGGGCCGAGCUGCGGAUCUUGCGGAAGAAGCCCUCGGACGCGGCCAAGCCAGUGGCCCCCGGCAUCGGGCGGGCUGCCCAGCUGAAGCUGUCCAGCUGCCCCAGCGGCCGGCAGCCGGCAGCCUUGCUGGAUGUGCGCUCCGUGCCAGGCCUGGACGGAUCUGGCUGGGAGGUGUUCGACAUCUGGAAGCUCUUCCGAAACUUUAAGAACUCGGCCCAGCUGUGCCUGGAGCUGGAGGCCUGGGAACGGGGCCGGGCCGUGGACCUCCGUGGCCUGGGCUUUGACCGGGCAGCCAGGCAGGUCCAUGAGAAGGCCCUGUUCCUGGUAUUUGGCCGCACCAAGAAACGGGACCUGUUCUUUAAUGAGAUUAAGGCCCGCUCGGGUCAAGAUGAUAAGACGGUGUAUGAGUACCUGUUCAGCCAGCGGCGAAAAAGGCGAGCCCCAUUGGCCACGCGCCAGGGCAAACGGCCCAGCAAGAACCCCAAGGCCCGCUGCAGUCGGAAGGCGCUGCAUGUCAACUUCAAGGACAUGGGCUGGGAUGACUGGAUCAUCGCACCCCUUGAGUACGAGGCCUUCCACUGUGAGGGGCUAUGUGAGUUCCCCUUGCGCUCCCACCUGGAGCCCACGAACCAUGCAGUCAUCCAGACCCUGAUGAACUCCAUGGACCCUGAGUCCACACCGCCAACCUGCUGUGUGCCCACACGACUGAGUCCCAUCAGCAUCCUCUUCAUUGACUCCGCCAACAACGUGGUCUAUAAGCAGUAUGAGGACAUGGUCGUGGAGUCUUGCGGCUGCAGGUAGCAGCACUGGCCCUCUGUCUUCCCGGGUGGCACGUCCCAGGAUGCUGAUCACAAGGGCCUGUCCCUGCACUCCUGGAAUCAGAGAGGCUGGGAGGCAGCACCCAAGAGCAUCUACCCGGCCUGCGUGAAAGGGGGUUGCAACAGCCUUGCUCUUACUCUCUGAGUGGGACUGGGCUCAAGGUUCCUUUCUAUCCACAAGUCCCCUUGUCUGAGGAUUUCUGCCCUGCUGCUGCUCUGACUGGCAGGGACAGACCCAGGGAGACAGACUGAAUGGGACUGAGACCCAGGAGACCUUGCUUUCCAAUGAGACUCAGCCCUCAACCUCUCCUUACCUGGGCCUUUUUGGCUUCUGGACUCUCCAGGGAGGGCUCCCCUUGGGAGAGCCCACAGGUGCUGCCCUCUCCUUGAAUCACCACUGUGCCUGGCUUCCUGCCCCUGGGGCAGAUGA